GGUGCCCCUUCUUUUAAAAAUAAGUGCCCACCCCGUCCCACUUUCUCUUUCUUCGCGAACAAAAUCCCAAUUUGUUCUUCGCGAACCCUAAUUCAUUCAUCCUAUUCCAAAUCUCAAUCUCUUCUUUCGCGUCGCAAAUCUUGGUGCAGGAUUGAAAUUGAAAUCUCAAGAUGCCGGCUACAGCAGGUAGGGUUCGCAUGCCUGCGAACAAUAGGGUUCACAGCAGUGCAGCUCUUCAAACCCAUGGCAUAUGGCAAAGUGCUAUUGGCUAUGACCCUUAUGCACCAAAUAAGGAAGACAAGAAGGAUUCUUCGCAAAAUCUGCCAAAUGCAGAACCUGAUGCCGAAAAUGCAUAUGCUAGUUUCCAGGGGCUUCUACAGCUUGCUAAGAUAACGAAUGCUGAUGUGGAUGUAUCCCGUGGGGCCUGCAAGAAGUGUGGCCGUGUUGGGCACCUCAAGUUUCAGUGCAAGAACUAUGUUAAAAUCAAGGAUGAAAAUGAGGAGAAGGAUCCUGAAGCAAUGCAGCCUGUGGGGUUGGUUGGAUUGGAUAAAAAGUUAAAGGCUGAGAAGGUGGAUAGGAGAAGCAAGGAUGAGAGCUCUGAAGAGGAGGAGGAGGAGGAUAGUGAAAGUUCAGAUUCUGAGGUUGAUUCAGAGAUCGAGAGAAUUAUUGCUGAAAGGUCUGGGAAGAAGAUCAGUGGGAAGAGAAGUUCUUCAAGAAAGAAGGGGAAUUCAGAUGACGAUGGAUCAGACAAGGAUUCUGGUAAGAGGAGAAAAAGAGGUAGGUCAAAGAGGAGGAGAGCUAAGAGGGAAGUUAGUGAUUCAGAUGAUUCGGGUGAAAGGACAAGGAGGAAUAGAAGAAGGGAGCACAGGAGGAAGAGGGACAAGUCUCCGGACUCUGAUGAUGAGUAUAGGCACAGGCAUAGAAAGAGUAGGAAGGAGAAGAGGAGAAGGAGAAGCCGUCUAACAGAUUCUGAUUCCUCUGAAGAUUCCAUUGUAAGGCACAAGCGAAAGAACAAGAGGGCCUCAUCAUCAUCUGACACGGAUUCAAGUGGAUAUCAUGAUUCAAGGAAGGGUAGGGAUAUCAAUAAAUCAGGAAGGAGGAGGAGCUGUCACCGUGGAGAUGAUGAAUGAUCAACGCAGUGCACUACUCAAUUUUAUGCCCCUUGUUGAUUUUAAAUUUUCAUGUGUUAUAUACAUCUAUAUUCUUGUUUAAAUACUGUACCUUUUUUACUUGAGUUUCAGAGUUUGGAUGUUCAAUUACUCUAACUAUAUUGACUUUAGUCGUAUUGAAGGUUAAAUACAUGGAUGAGUGUUAUGCUUGUGUGAGCUUAUCA